AUUUAUGACUUGGAGCAGAGCAAAAUAUGGUGGAAAAACCAACCAGAUAACUUUACCGUCUACUGCUCCAUUCAAAUCAAUCCCAUGACUUUCAUCAUUCGGUUGUUAAUAUUCCCAAUAUAUAUAAAGUCAUACACUUUGUUUCUUUAAAAAAAAAGAAAAAAAAAACAGAAAAGAAAUUCUUACACUAACUUUUGCAGUGCUCUUCGCUUGAAUAUUUUUAUCUUGUUUUCUUUCUUUUGGUCCUUUCUAAAUUUGGACUUUGAUUUCAUUCUUAAACAAGUUUUCUGUUUCUGGGCUUCGGUUUUUGCAGUACUGAGCCACUCUUCUUCAAUAUUGGACAUCAAUUUUGUGAGUUAUUUCUGUGUUUGAAACUUUGAAUCAAUCUAGUCGGUUUGCUGUGUACAGAUUUUGAAGUUGUUUAUCUGUUUAAUGUUAUUUUUCCUGUCCCUUUUGAUGGUAACUAAGAAAAUAUGAGUGCUUGUAGCUAAAUGUGGCAUUCAUUUGUCUUAAAUUUCCAAUAAAUCUCUGACUAAUCUUGGAAGCAUUCGACAUUAAAGUUACCUCAACUCAGACAAGGAUCCUAAUUCAGUUUUAUAGUCUAUUUCAUCAGUUCUCGUCCUCAUUACUGACCCCAAAAGGAAACUGUCUAGUUCCUCGUGCAAACGUAUUGAGCAUUGGUUCUGUCAGAAUUGAGGAGAAAACAUGAAUGCUAAUCUCUUGGAGGGCAACCAGAUGGAUGUCAUUACUCAUUAGUCCAUUUUAUUCGAUGGAUAAGGUUGAUUGGGAGUUUAGGCUAUUUCAGAGCUGGAAGAUCUAAUGGGAGAUUUACAUAUCAAUGGAGGAUUUACUGAAACCCCCUUAUCUGUCCAUCAAGGUGUUGUGAGUAAUAUAUGUCAUCCUCCGGACUUUCUUGUGUUUCCCUUAUCAAUGGAUGACAUUUUCACUAGUUUUUCAACUUGGACCGCUUAUAUAAGUUGCAGAUUCAUCAAUUUUAUAGAGAAUCUUGUUCUCCAAGAGGUCUACAGAUUAUCAGAUGAUUCAGUCGCCAUUACUUCUGGACAGAAUCCAAGAUCUUUGAGCCAGAUCCUUUAUAAAUCUUUUCAGGAAGGAUUUUCAUCAUCUCCUACAUCUUGCACAGAAAAUUCAAACUCUGGAAUCUGUGGAAGAAGAUCAUCAGAACUGAGGGAAGAAUGUCUUGCAAAUACAGACUCUGGAAUUCUAAAAAUCAAUCACGGGAAGCUAGGAGUCCCUUUCAUCUUUCAAGGUUGCUUCUACUGCUUGUAGGUUGUUGUUCCCAUUAUUUGGUUUGCAGCUUGCUUGGUCACUGGCCACAUGGAGAUGUGCUUUCUACUAUCUGAGAUACACUCAAGCACGUCUAUGGGUAAAAUAAGUUGGUUUUUUAACUUAGUAAAAUGGUGGAUCAUGUUCCUAAAAUAGAGUCGAUGGGUGUUGCCUGUCAAUUUCUUUUUCAAGGGUUAUCAAUGUUCUUUUUUAGUAUUAAUUGAAUUUUUAUUCCAAUAUCCACAAACAAGCUUAAUGAUACAAGAGAAGAAAACUUCCAAAUAAAUUAGAAAUUGUUUUGGCUUAUAUCUCAAUUCCUACUCAAUACUCUAUUUAUGGGCUUAUCGGUAACUUUUGUGAGGAAACAAAUUCUAGCUCUAACAUCAGAGACAACUUGUUGGAAUAUAGCUUCAGGAGACUUCAUCUUGCUGGAAUGUUACAUUGAGUUUCUCUCCCUCUAGAUACAAUAAACUGAACCAGACUGGGCGAGUUUGGAAUGAAUUAACUCUCAAAGUAGAGACAGCCCAAUUCAAAACAUCAGACCAGCUAAUAGCUACACUUUAAAUGGCAAAAGUUUGAAGAACCAACUGCCAAACUUGUUUAGAGUAGCUACAAGAAAAAACCUAGUGGUCCCUGUACUCCUCUUCUUCAUUGCACCGGAAACACAUUGUGGAAUGUAUGGCACCAGGACUAAAUCCGAGGGAGAGUACUUAAUUUGUCUAAGAUUGCCAAUCAAGCAAUAAUAGAUACCUUAGGUACAUAAAGUUAAUACCACUCUAAUUUAUGCCAAGGAAUUUUGGUUUGGACUCUCCUUAACCAAUGCCAGGUGUCAGCAGUAGAAACCUUUCCAUAUUUUGGAAUGGUCCAAACUACUCUUCCUGUAAAACCACUGGCAGUAAAAGUCAUCAGACUUUAGCUAUAUCACUUAGCUAUAGAAUAGAAUCUUCCUCCAACUCCAGCUGCAAUGUUUUGGAACUUUAAUUUGCCAGAAACUGUCUUGCCUUUGUAUUUUGAAGCUCUUAUUCUCCCAAAUUGCUAGGCUUGCUUCUUCAUAACAUGAGUAGCCAAUUUGUGAUCUUCAGAAUUAAAACCCGGAUACAGAAAACGUUGUGUGGUUCAUCUGAUGAUAUUGGAUGGUUGCAACACACUCCUGGAAUGGCUCCUGUAGAGAAUGGUACAGCAAGAUUCUUGGAAUUGCUUGAAGCCAUAAGGAAUGGAGAAACAUUUUGCCCAAUUCAUUUGUAUAUCUAUUAGUUCCAGGUAUGAGAUUAUCAUGGCUAUCUAGUUUUGUUCCUCAUUC